AUGACGACAAAAAUGGGACUAAAUUUACGACAAAUAGAUGGAGAGUACGAUCUUAUGGAAAUUCAGGAACACUUUAUGAAAGGUGGAGUUCUAUCGACGGAUUCGGUCAUGACUCUCAUCAAACAGGCAAAAGAUAUUUUAAAAAGUGAACCCAAUUUAAUUACUGUGAAAGGACCAUCCCUUAUUUUUGGAGACUUUCACGGACAAUACUUUGAUUUGUUGUAUGAAUUGAUGGACGAGUUUUCACAAUUAUAUGGAGAAAGCUUUCUAUAUUACACUUUGAGUAAUUUAGUAUUACACAAUUUUACAAUAAAUAAAAUAAAAGUGACCUUUAUUUUUAAUCAAUUCAACAUUUGUGCUAUUAAACAUUUUACCACCUAA